CCGCUAGUGGCGCAUACACGUCUCACAUAGAUGGUUGAAGCGACGUUCCGGAUGAAGGAGAAGAAAGUGAUAUUUGGGAGAGGAAGAGACGAUGAUGAUGGUGGAAGACAGAGCACUGACCGUCGACCUGAUGUGGACGCAUAUACUAAGGAUGACCUCAACACCCUCACCGUAGACAUUUUACCGUCGCUCGGGGCCACCGCUCGUAGUAACCGCAAGGUACAGCUCCGCCGCUGGAUUGUCUCUCCAUUUGAUCCUCGUUACAGAUUCUGGGAUUCAUUUCUGAUGGUUCUGGUUUACUACACAGCGUGGGUGUCUCCAUUUGAAUUUGCAUUCCUAGAAAGGCCUGAAAUGCCUCUGUCCGUAUUAGACAAUUUUGUCAAUGCAUUUUUUGCCAUAGAUAUUGUCUUGACUUUUUUUGUUGCAUACCUAGACAAGGCUACUUAUCUCUUGAUAGAUGACCCAAGAAAAAUUGCUUGGAAGUACACAACUUCUUGGUUUGCCUUCGAUGUCAUCUCUACCAUCCCUGCUGAAGUGGCUAGGGCCAUGUUGCCCUCUAAUUUCCCAUCAUAUGGAUUGUUUAAUAUGCUUCGUUUAUGGCGUCUUCGAAGAAUUAGUACAUUAUUUUCCAGAUUGGAGAAAGAUAAGAACUUUAGCUAUUUUUGGGUUCGAUGUACAAAGCUUAUAUGUGUUACCCUCUUUGCAAUUCAUUUUUCUGGCUGCAUCUUCUACUUUAUUGCUGCCAACUACAGUGACCCUUCAAAGACAUGGAUUGCACUUGUGUUGUCGAGUGACUUUAAGGAACAAAGUUUGUGGCUUCGGUAUGUGACAUCAAUGUACUGGUCCAUUGUCACAGUAACUACAGUGGGAUAUGGAGACGUGCAUCCUGUGAAUUCACCGGAAAUGGUGUAUGAUACAAUUUACCUGCUCUUUAAUUUCGGGCUGCAAGCAUACAUUAUUGGGAAUAUGACCAACUUGGUCGUUCAUGGAACUAGUCGGACCAGAAGAUUUAGAGACACUAUCCAAGCUGCCUCAAGCUUUGCCAAAAGGAAUCAACUUCCUGUCCGCCUGCGGGAUCAGAUUCUUGCUCAUUUAUGUUUGAGGUACCGAACUGAUUCUGAAGGAUUACAACAGCAAGAGACCAUUGAUACUCUUCCAAAGGCCAUUCAAUCAAGCAUUUCACAUUUUCUGUUCUAUACACUUGUUGAUAAGAUCUACUUGUUUCGUGGGGCAUCAAAUGACUUACUUUUUCAACUGGUCUCAGAAAUGAAAGCCGAGUAUUUUCCUCCUAAUGAAGAUGUGAUUUUACAGAAUGAAGCACCCACAGAAAUGUACAUAGUGGUCACGGGUGCUGCGGUUAUUGGGGAGGUAAAUACAGGAGAUAUUGUUGGUGAGAUAGGUGUUCUCUGUUACAAGCCACAAAUGUUCACAGUUCGGACCAAACAGUUGAGUCAGCUGCUUCGUUUGAACCGCACAUCUUUCCUGAACAUUGUUCAGGCAAAUGUUGGAGAUGGGACAAUAAUCCUGAAUAAUCUCCUUCAGCAUUUGAAGGAGUUGAGGGAUCCCUUGAUGGAAGGAAUUCUGUCAGAGACAGAGCACAUGCUAGCGAGGGGCAGGAUGGAUUUGCCUCUAAGUGUAUGCUUUGCAGCUGAAAGAGAAGAUGAUUUAUUGUUGCGACAGUUGCUGAGGUGUGGCGCAGAUCCAAAUGACUCAGACAUCAAGGGGCGAACAGCGCUGAACAUUGCAGCAGCUAAAGGAAGUGAACAUUGUGUAGCUUUGCUUCUAGAAUAUGGAGCAGAUCCUUGCAUCAGAGAUUCUAAAGGAAAUGUUCCAUUAUGGGAAGCAAUGCUGGGGAGGCAUGAAUCUGUUACUAAACUUCUUGCAGACAAUGGUGCAGUGUUACCUUCAGCUUAUGUGGGUCAUUUUGCAAGCAAGGCAGUUGAACAAAACAACUUAGAGUUACUCAAGGACAUUAUUAAAUAUGGUGGGAAUGUAAAUGCGCCAAUGAGCAAUGGAACUACGGCCCUUCAUACUGCAGUCUCUGAAGGAAAUGUUGAAAUUGUUAAGUACCUCGUAGAACAUCGAGCUGAUAUUGAUAUGCCAGAUAACCAUGGCUGGACACCAAGGUCUUUGGCAGAUCAUCAGGGCCAUGAAGAGAUACAAGCUUUACUGCAAAACAGGCCAGAGAUAAAGAAAUCUUCAGUUCUUACUGGUCCAAAGCAGCAAGGGUUACUCCUUUAUUCCUGCAAGUCCCUUUCCAAGUACAAUAGUGAGCCUACAAUAACUUCCUUUACCCCUGAUGUCGUACCACCUGUUCCUGAGUUGUCAGGGACAGAUAAUCGUAGGAGGAGGGCUGACAAUUAUAAGAAUUCACUAUUUGGGGUCAUAGCAGCUGCUAAUGCUGUUCCAAUGACAGCCACUGAAAACUUUCAAACAGUACCAGAAUCAGGUAUUCCAGCCAGAGUGACUCUUAGUUGCCCUGAAAGAAGUGAAAUCAACAGUAAGCUUGUUCUUUCUCCGGCGUCACUUGAAGAACUACUUGAUAUUGGUGCCAAAAAGUUUGGCUUCUUUCCCACCAAAAUUUUCACCAUGGAAGGAGCUGAAAUUGAUGAUAUCAAUGUUAUUAGAGAUGGAGAUCAUCUAAUUCUCACAACUGAUGCUGGAUAUCAAAUUUCAGCAAGCCAAAGGACUGAAGACUCAAGCAGAAGCAGUUGAUCAUUGAGGUUCCUACAUCCUGCCCAGGUUGGCUCCUAAAUUUUCAAUUUUCGUUCAUUAAUAUGGUCGAUAAUAGGAAAUGUCAAUAAGGAGAUAGUUGCAAGUGGAAGGAAACAGAAAUAGAUGUUUUCUUCCACAUUCUUUUGUUUGUACUUUAAAGAGGUUUUGGUACAAUAAACAUGAGAGUAAGAAAGGAAAAUGGGAGAAUCUGUUACUGUUCCUUACAAUGAGUUUUUUUUUUUUCCAAUUUGUGAUAUUCUCCCUUGUAUAUCAUCAAGAAACAGUUUGAUAUUCC